AUGCAGGUGACAAUUAUCGAGUACUGGAUGUCCAACGCAUGGACGAAUAUUCCGUACAGAUGGAUAGAGAGAAAUGCUCGUCGACUCCUCUUUUUGCUCCGAGAUUGGCCCCCAACUGCGAUGCAUCCGUCCAUCCGAGGUUCCCAUCGGAUGAGCCAUCCACCUUCAUGCCCACCCAACCCCCGAGUUGAGACUGCAAUGUUUCAAUAUGCAUGGUUCCUCGAGGGCAGGGCUCCAGGAAUCCGCCCAUAUUCCAUUGAACCCAAGUCUUUGGGUCGCAUUCUGGUUCCUCGAGGGACUGUGUCGCCGUCGCCGAGGAUGCAACAUGGCGACGCCGGUCACACCCUUGUCGUCGACUCGCGGCGAGCCAUGUUGUCCAAUUUGCUUCGCAGUGUAAGCAUUUGUCGUCGUCGUGGUCGUACUGUGCAAUGUACGGAUACGGAGCACUACAUAUAUUCAGGGCACAAGGCACAGAGACCCAACAAUGAUUGUUGCCCAUCCACUCAACCAGAUAAUCAGCCGAAGCAUAAUCACGACACCCAUGCAGGCAAAUAG